AUGGAGGCGACUGAAGACGAUAUGAUCGUGUUGGUGGUGGUUGACGAUGAAAAAACCAAAGACUUGGAAAAGGAAGCUUCAGAGUCGAACUCAGAAUCCAAGAACGAAGUGGAUAAUAUACUUGAAAUUGCACAGAAACAUGGGGAAUAUGUUGAAGUGAAAUUAGAGCCAGAAGAUGAUAAUUGUGACUAUGAAUAUCUUGAAGAUGAAACAGUUACAAAGACUGUCAUCAGAGAAGAAUCUACAGAUGGUAUGGAUUUUUGUGAAGGUGAUCCAGAAUACAUGCCUGAAGAGUCUCAAUCACCACGAAGACGAGAUAAGCACCGCUUCACAAUGUUGAAGCCUUGGCAACAACGUUCAUUUGUAGCAGAACUACGGGAGAAUCACGAGGAACUGAGAGACGACAAGGAGUUACUGAUUAACACGCUAGGUCGGAUUAUGUCAAUGGCCAAGCCACCACCACCACCGCAGGACUACUUUGUAAUGGAAGGCGUUAUGUUUGCGUGCAUAUAUUGUGGACAUGUGUCAGACACACUGCCUGCUGCAGGUCGCCAUUACCAGGAGAAGCAUGGAGAAAGAUAUUUAGUCUGCUUUGCUUGUGGAGUCGAUUUCAGAAGUACUACGAAUCUAUACAAGCAUGAGAAGCGUUGCGUAGCUCCGGACGCUGAGAUAGUACUGCGGGCGCGCGCCGUGUGCCUGGGGCGCAAGGGACGCGGCCGACCCUUCCUCACUAACGACCCCUAUAUUAAUCACGGUCAACGCCAUAAGUAUCCAUGUUCCUUAUGCUCGGCCGUGUUCAUAACGAAGAGUAACCUGAAGUCCCACGAGAACUUACACCGCGGCGAGCGACCGUACCGGUGCCACGCCUGCCCGUGCGCAUACGCAUCUAAUUCCGCACUCUCACGACACGCGAAAAAGCACACCGGUGUUCAAUAUAUUUGCGACCACUGCGGACGGGCCUUCAACAUCAAAGCUGCGCUGGUCGCUCACAUGGACACACACAACGCUGUUCGUAAGCACCCGUGUGAGGAGUGCGACCGUCGCUUCGCCCAGAAAUGUGCUCUGAACCUCCACGUGUACAGGGUCCACAGGAACUUACCGCCACCCUGCCCCUGUCAGAUCUGCCCUAAAAGAUUCCAACGAAUGUCGUUACUCAAAGAACACAUGAAGAAGCAACAUGGAAUGUCUAUAAUGACUAGGAAGAUGUUCUUUAAAGCUCUACCAACCAUGACAGAGUUAGAAGUAAGAGAGUCGAAAGUCAUUCGUAAAGACGAAGAAGAAGAUAUGCUGAGUUUCCUACCACCACCGGUCAAAAUAAAGACUGAACCGGACUUUGAAAGGAAACAGGACAACGGAAACUUAUACACAAUAAAAAAAGAAAAUGAAACAAACAUUAUUUACAUUCAAAAUGGAGAAGUUAUUAAAAUGGAAAGAGGUGACGAUGAAGUACUAUUUGAGGUAGAAAAUAUUGUUGACGGACAGAUCUUUGUUAAAGCCCUUAAUAAUAGUACAUUAAAAGGUGAUUUUAGUGACCUGAGCGCUUUGGUAAGUACUUGA